AUGGAAUUUAUCAACGUGUUGCUAAGUUUUGAUUUUACAGCAGAGAGAUUUGGACCGCGUCUUCCUCUGCCUUUUCAUAAAUCGUCCGUGAAUUGUUUAGAACCUGUGACCAUAUCUUGUGUUAGAGAAGAGCAGCUCGUUUUGUUAUAUGAACGCUUUGAUGGGAUGAUGGAGUUUUGGAUUACGACUAAGAUUGAUCCCAAUUCAGUAUCUUGGAGCAUGUUCUUGAAAGUGCACAAGAGAUCCCUCCCUUCGUUUCUGCCUUACGUUGAUGCUGGGACUUUCUUUAUUGACGAGGCCCAUAAGAAGGUCGUUGUUUUUUCAAAAAGCCCCGAAUGUGAAACAACCUCAUGUUGGUACCCAACAGCUUACAUCAUUGGAGAAGAUGGAUACUUCAAAUCUAUGGGUAUUCGAGAAGCUGGUAUUAGAAAAAAAUGUGGAUAUUAUGUCCCAUUUGUGUUCUCUUCUUACGUUCCAAGUUUAGUGCAACUAGAAGAAAAGAAAGAGAUUAGCAACUAG